AUGGCAUCGACCUCGCGAGACCAGAUCGCCCGAGUCUCUGGACCAGAAUCGAUGGCCAAACCCACAGGAUCAGCAUCCGCCGCUGAAGGCAAUACACAAAAUGCCUCGACUCUCGCAUCAUCCUCCGCCCAUCCGAACGACGCUGCCAAACCUAAGAAGAAGCGCCAUCGAGGUGGGCGCAAGAAGAAGAAUAGAAGGCAGAGCUUCAUUGCCCCGUCGGAAGCUACAGAGGAUACAACAGAUCGCGAUGGUCGACCGAGCCUCCAGGCGUCGCGAGCCAUCUCUGCGCAGCAGGCGAGCUUCUACCGGUUGCAGUCGAACGGGAACCGCAGCAAUACGAGCUUGGAGAGCGAGGCGCUACUGGAUCACCGAGAUCAGACCCCGUUCAGAUCAAGACGAGAUACCAUCAAGCAAGGACUGGCAAGAGUAGCAACGCCGUUUACAAGACCUCAACAUCGGUCUUCUGAAGCUUCGAACAAUCGUCCGGCAGGUGGCAGAACGCGGCCAUUGACUGUCCCUGAGGCGGCACUUGUCGACGAGGAUGAUGAGGAUGUCGCGCAUGACCGUACGCCUCUGCUCGCGAGUAGGAACCGUUCCAAACCGGGAAUGUCUCGUCACAAUAGUGGGUUUGGCUAUGGCAGUCACGGUACGAACAAGGGUAGACGACCCUCGAACGCGUCAAAGGCAUCAUCACGGCGCAGAGGCGAACUCAUGGCUACGCAUCCUCACAACAAUCCAUCUGACUCGCUCUACGAUGUCAACAACCCACCGUCUGUGCCAGCAUCCCCAACACUGGAAUCCGUGGAUGACCUGUUCAUACCGCCUGGCUCGGAUCGUGGACGGGACCGAGAUGCGAUCAUCGACAUUGAGGACAUGGGCGACGAUCGAUACCCGAGUUCGUCGCCAGAGGGAAUGCGUCGUAGACCGACAAUUGCAGAGCUGGCUGAGCGGGACGUGUGCUUCCCCCUCGAGGAGGAUGCUUCUGUGCGUGGCGAAGAAUCAGUUCUGGACACACAUCGGGAUUCACCUAGCAGGCGUAGGCGAAGACGGGCCAAGGCAUGGCCCGACCUUGAGGUACUCGAAGAGUGGGCCCGGGACGAGAAAGAAGAGCGGACGCAUCAAGAGGUUCUGAGAGCAAAGAAGAUCUCCGAACCUGUCAUGGUCGGUGGACGCUUGCGACAUGGGCGAGCCAAUGCAUGGCAUGCCGAGGAGGACGAUGCGCCCUUCAGAUUCACGUAUUUCAACGAGACGCUCGAUGGUACGGUACAUGCUCGGACGAUCAGUGAUCUACUUCAGGAUGGCAUGACAUUCAGGGAGUUGUUCCAGCCAGAUCCAAUAGAACUGAGCGACGACAGCGAGAGUGACGACAAUACGAAUGAGGUUGAUGAGAAUCAGUCGCAGCGACCUCCAAUGCAUUCGCAUCGGCCUUCUAGCGACGGGGAAGUCAACAAGUCAACAUUGGGUGACGCCGGUAGUAGGCUUGCAAAUGUGCGUUCGGCAUCCAUCGUCAGCAAGUCUGUCGUCGAAUCGGCUCCAGGAUCUGGACGUGCAACGCCCAAGCCAAGCAAGAAGCGGUAUGGACCCAAGCCGACCUUCUGGUUGGAUGUUCUUAGACCUACCGAAGCUGAGAUGAAGGUGCUGGUGAAAGCGUUUGGGCUUCAUCAAUUGACUGCAGAAGAUAUCCUCAUGGACGAGCAGCGCGAAAAGGUCGAGCUUUUCCCGUCGUACUACUUCAUCAACUACCGUACUUUUGAGCAAGACAAGGACAGCGACGAGUACAUGGACCCGAUCAAUAUGUUUGUGGUCGUCUUCCGGCACGGCCUCAUCACCUUCCACCACAAGAUGAGCCCGCAUCCAGCCAACGUGAGGCGAAGAAUUCGGCAAUUGAAUGACUACAUGAGCCCUACCGCCGAUUGGAUCAGUUACGCUAUCAUUGACGAUGUCACGGAUGCAUACGGGCCUUUGGUGUCUGAAUUCGAGAGGGAAGUCGAUGACAUCGAUGAGGAGAUUCUAUACAUGCAUACAACGGCUGUGGAUAAUGCCGUCGCAUCAUCUGAGGGUAAACCCUCGCAGAAGCAAGACCAGCGCCCCAAGAGCUCCAAAGGUCGACGAGACAGCGGCAAUAGUGAUGCAAAGCCUCAGACGCAAGGCGCCAUGGGUGCACUGAAAGCUGACGGCGCUGGUGAGAAAACGGCGGGCGAGGCUGGUGGUACUAUGCUUCGGCGCAUUGGUACGUGUCGAAAGACUGUGAUGGGGAUGUAUCGACUGCUUGGCAACAAGGCAGAUGUCAUCAAGGGCUUUGCGAAGCGGUGCAAUGAGCACUGGGAGGUAGCACCUCGAUCUGAGAUUGGUCUGUACCUGGGAGACAUUCAGGAUCAUAUUGUGACGAUGACUGGCAAUCUCUCGCACUUUGAAAGGUGGGAAUUCAAUAAGCACAACUCCUUGGAAGGACUUCAGCUGACUUAUCUCGACAGCCUCCUCAGCCGUGCUCACAGUAACUAUGUGGCCCAGAUCAACAUCCGCAUGAACGAACGCGCCGAACAGAACGCCGACAUUCUUGGUAAGCUCACAGUACUUGGAACCAUCGUCCUACCGAUGAAUAUCAUCACUGGUAUGUGGGGUAUGAACGUGUGGGUUCCUGGACAAGAGUAUGAGGGAGAUCUGAAAUGGUUCUUUGCCAUUACCGCCGGUUUGAUUGCGUUUGGCGUGACUUGUUACGUGGUGGCGAAGAGGGUGUACGGGAUUGUCUAA